AUGAAGGAAGGCUGGAAGAGGAGGGGAAUGAGGCAGUACAACCGAUCGGAGAAGCCCCGCUUUCGGUGGACGGAGGAGCUCCACGACCGAUUCCUUGAAGCUAUUCGCUCUCUGGGAGGCCACGAAAGUAAGCUUCCGUGGGUGGGAGGAGAGUCUCUUCCCUCCCCUCCGCCCCCUUCCACCUCUCAUCCUAUCUAUCCAUCCAUCUAUCUGUCUAUCUAUCUCUUUAUCUCUUUAUUUAUCUAUUUAGCCGGGUUCGCAAAAGCUAUGUAAAAGCCGUAGAAGAUUGAAGGUGAAAUUUAUUACUCUAUUUAUCGACGUAUUGAUCUCAGUAAUCCGUUCUCUCUCUCUCUCUCUCUCUCUCUCUCUCUCUCUCUCUCUCUCUCUCUCUCUCUCUCUCUCUCUCUCUCUCUCUCUCUCUCUCUCUCUCUCUUUGUGAUAACACACAAUCAUGCCUCUCUCAUGUAUUUAUUGUUAUUCUUUUUAACUCAGUACAAGCCUAAUCAAUCGUGUAGGGGCCACACCAAAGCAGAUUCUCCUGCUGAUGAGAGAGAAGAGCAUGAGCAUAUCUCAUGUCAAAAGCCAUCUUCAGGUACGUGUACGAUCUAUCUAACACUCAGACGAGGACAUAAAAACUUUCUCAUUAAAAAAAGAAAAACCCUCUGAAAUGAAAUCACUAUUUACAUUAUUAGUCCAAAUCAAAAUAAAUUAACAAUGAUCAUGGUAAAGUCAUAUGAUCGAUCAUAUUUUCAUUUCUUAUAGUCUCUAAAACAAGACUACUCUUCAUAGAAACUCCAUUUCUUUCCUUUGAUUGUAUCUCAAUGAAAUAUGGUGUUUUUUAGGGUUUCAUCUUGAUGGGCUUUUGAUGUAGAAGCUCGCUUGAAGCCACCCAUUAUCAGAAUCCUUCUCUGAGUUUCCCUUUCAUCCCUAGUCCAAGAGAUUAUCAAGUACAGAUGAAUGGAAGUCGUUGACUUCUCUUCCCCAAUUGAGGAAAAGACGAUCAUGAACGUUCGCAGAGAUUUUUAGAUAAGUCAACGGAUUUUCUUAAGAUGGUGUUGAUUAUUUUCCAUAAGCCGUGAUAAAAAUGUUGAUCGAUAUGACUAGAAAAUCCCACAAAGUACCCUUUCUUUCUUGCCCAGAGGAGCCAUUUCAUACGUUAUUAGUACUCCCCCCCUCCUCCUCGAGCUUCUUGCUCUUAUUCUCGUGGUUCCAUAGCUAUUUAAGGAAGUUCACGAUUAAAAGGUCUUCUGGAUUUGAAUUCAGAUGAAACUUUGAAGGAACUCAUGAGUCGUUAAAAGUCAACGGGUGGAGUUGGUUACAAGUUACUAGGAAGCCAUAUAAACGUAUACUGAGAUCAACAUUUCUCAUUUCUUUUUCAGACGUACAGAAACACGAAGAACCACGUCCAAUUUCGCUGCCGUCCGUCUGAUAGAAACAUGGGUAGCGAGAGAAAGAUCGAAUCAGAAAGAAACUCAGGCCGCGGGGUAAAAUCCCGAAGGUAAGUUGGUGUAGUCGUAAAGGGUAACCUAAUACCAUGAACAGUAGAAGGGGCUCGGCAUGAGAAUGGCUUGAACGUUUCUUCUCCAGGUUUCUUGUGGAGAAGUUUUCGAAUGAAUGGGUACCAAAGAUGGCUGAUUUUCCCAUUCUGGGUUCUUGCGGGAAGAGCACAGGAAUCAGCCAACAUAAGGUAAUCACGCUUCUCUCUCUCUCUCUCUCUCUCUCUCUCUCUCUCUCUCUCAAUAUACGUAUCCAUACGUGCAGGUCAGGGAAAUGGACUCGCUACGUGGAAGGGCUCGUGACGACGAAGAUAGUUGCCGGCUAACUUUAUCUACUUUCCUCGAUUGUCAAUCUCACGACGGAUUCGGAAGAAGAAGAGACGUAGAGAGGAUUUCAGACGGCGACACAGCUGACGAUAAUAGCACCCACGCGGAUAGAAGCGACCAAAUUAUCCUCCACGGACACCCCAUUCAAGGAUGUAUAAAUUUGGAGUUGACCAUCGCUUAAUCUCUCUCUCUCCCUCUCCCUCUCGCUCCUGUCCAUCGGUCAGAGCAUCCACCCAGGAUAUUACAAACCGGCUCGAGGCGGCGCCACCAGCCUCUGGGGGGAGGGAAGGGGAGGACCACCGCAGGUGGGUAGCCAUUUCCGGGCUUUUCUUCGGGCCCGGGUGAGCUUCACAGGGGCCAGUCCGAAGAUAACACUUCCCUCAUAAACUGGCAUCAUUCUUCGCCGAUAAUCAAUCGAGAGAUAAAAGACCCAGAAAAUAUAUUCUACACUGGGGAGAUCUCGUUGACCUUGGGAGAUCAGAUUCAGAAGGUCUUCCAAGUCAAACAAUCCAUCUGCUUAUUCCAAAAACUCCGGAGAGAAUCGAUCCAUCAGCCAGGAGAUUCCACCGUCAGAUGUUCUUGGCCCGAUCGUCUCCGGCGAAUUUGGCCCUCUUCUCCACCGCACUCGCAUAGAUCUCGUAGCUGCAGGCUGAAGCGGGGGCAGAAGAACAGCUUCAGAAAUCUUAACAACAUUAAUAGAAAAAACCUUAAGCAGAUUAUUUGA